CACACAGCCUUAUCGCCGCGCAGCGCUCCAGAGUAAGCUGAAACAGAGGCACUUGAGCAGUGAACAGGAAGUUAAAGUGACAGGUUGCCGAAGGCCGCGGCGUCAUUCGCGGAUCUCGUAAGCCUGUCGGGUUCUGCAAGGCAUGCAGAUGGCUCAGCGCGGCCAGCAGAUGACAAGGCCAGGGGAAGAAAGCCAAAGAGCCAUGGAGGAGGACAUCAGGAAGAGAGGCAUGCUGUAUGUACAGCAGCAGAGGUUCGGCAAGAAAUGGAAGAAGGUGUGGUCCAUUAUUUACAGAGAGAGCAGCCACUCUGUCUCCCGGAUGGAGUUCUUUGAGUACAAAGACAGCGCGACAUUGGCGAACGUUGAGAAGUCGGAGCGGACGGGCCGCAAGCAGGAGAACAAGAAGGUCAUCAAGCUGCGCGACUGCAUACGGGUGUCACAGACCGACAAUGAAAGCUGCCCCAAAGACUGCAGACCCUUCCUGGUGGAGACCACAGAGAAAAUCUUUCUGUUUGCGGCGGAGAUCUCCGAGCUGGAGGGCUGGACCCAGGCACUGUGUGAGACAGCUUUCCCAAAGAGCUGGGGUGAACCAGGAAUCAAGAAGCGAGGCAGCAUCAUGCAGUCCAGGGGAGAUGGGGCUGAAGUGGAGAUGGAGGACAACACCCUCUACAGCGCACGGGACAGCGUGAUGAAGGACUUUAAGGUGACAAUAAGGAAGACAGAGGUCUCUGAAAAAUGUCGGUUGCGUGGGACCUACACUCUGCGGACCGAUUUUGACAGCCUUCUGCUCAAAGAUGUGAAGUCUGGGGAGGUGAUCUUCACCUGGCCUUACCGAUUCCUAAGGAGGUUUGGGCGGGACAAGGUGACUUUCUCCUUUGAAGCAGGGCGCCGAUGUGACUCAGGGGAGGGCAACUUUGAGUUUGAGACCAAGCAGGGAAAUAUUCUCUUCCAGGCUGUGGAUAGAGCCAUUAACCUUCAGAAAAGCAACAUGGCCCCCCAGCGUCAAGCUUCAGGAGGAGUGGAUGUUGUCCUGGACAAUGGCACUACUUAUAGCACAGUCAAUGACAUCCAGCCCAGAGAGUGCCCCCCCCCAUCACAAGGUUCCCGCUCUCGGCUAGAGCUGCCCGCCGACAAGAUGCUCACUGGGGUUAAGAGUCUGAAUCUUGACACCAGACCACCUCCCCACAAGAACCAGGUGAAGAGCAUCUCAAGUUGCCCAUUGCUCAAUAGUGAGGACUCAACCUACUCCCAGAUCUCCAUGCCCCGGGAACAGGGGGAGCGAGUGGAGAGGGCACAGGAGAUGCCCUCCUCUAAGCCUGUCUCGCAGGACUCAGAGUAUUCCCUUCCAUUUGAUGCCAUUGCCAAGAAUCUGAGCACUUUGCUUGCUGCUUCCCAUUCAUUCAAAAUGGAGGAUGAGGGUUGUAGGGAGACCUCUGUAGAUGGAGAAGAACAUUCAGAUCCCUUGUAUGACUCUAUUGAUGAGUCAGCCAUUAGGUCAGCCAUCCGGAACAAGGGUACAAAGAAGUCGACAUAUACGAAGGCAGAACACAUUUAUGAUGAGCCAGAAGGUUGUGCUGUAGAAGUUAUUGCUGCCAGGGACCCCCUGUCCUUCUAUGAUAACCCAGAGGAGUUCAAAGGUCAUGCUUGGAAAUAUAAGGGCUCUGCAGACCCAAGUGGCCAUGAGUAUCCAUACAACCCCAACAUUGAUGACUAUGCUGUGCCCCAACCACCAAGGAAAGCUCUGCCUGUGAAUGAAGAGGACUCUCCAUACGAUAAUGUAAUGGUGAAAAAGACUUAAAGGGGGAACAGAUAAUCUCACACCCAAAACCACAUUAAGUUUUGAAAUCUUCCACAAUUUUUGCAAGAAACUGCAAAAAUUUCAACAACUAUGAACUUCGAUACAAGUACAUAUGUUGCAGACGUCUAGCAUAUGCUAGCUUUGCCUGUCCCACCUGUCUCACAUGCCUCACUUAUUUGUAACUGAAGGAUAGCAACCUACAGAAUAAGAGUAGAUAAUUAUAAGCAAAAUAAAUGUGACAGAUUUUUUUUUUCCUCAGCUUUAAUAGAUUUAUUGUUUUGUAAAACAUUUUAGUAAAACCCUCAUUCACAAACAGCCUCUUCAGAGUCACUGUGGCAAUCGCUCUGCUUGCUCCAUGGGAAGAGAAUGCUUCUUCACAGAUGGAUACAGAUUUUUUUAUUAUAAAGUAAUAUAUUUUUUAGGAAAACGUAAAGACAUUGACCAAUAUCUGAAAGCUACAAUGUAUUGUGCAGGAAAGGUUUAGGGCCAGUGUUUAAUAUCAGUAAUACAUUUUGAAAAAUACAAAAUUUGGGAUGUCGUGUAAAAUGUAAAUAAAAAACAGAAUGUCAUGAUUUGCAAACAUAUAAACCCAUAUUUAAUUACAAAUAGGGCAAAGACAAUAUAUCAAAAAUUGAAAUUGAGGAAUUAUAUUGUUUUAUGACAAAUAUAUGGGCAGCUUUUUUGGCAAUGGAGUUGUAGGCUAAUGCACAUCAGCUAUGUCAUUAUCAAUAGAAAUUACAGCUGAAAGGCUGAUAUUCAAGGAAAGGGACCCUGAUGUCUUCAUUGGUCGGUACCUCUACCAUAUAGAAAAUGAAGAUGUCACAAUGCCCUAUUUGUUCUUUUAAUCCUGACACUCCAGCCUUGUCCCUCCUGUAUGGUCCUUCACCAAGGCCGGCUCCUUGCUGUGCCUCUCCUCAAAAGGAAUGGAUAUACAAACAAUGAAAUCCACUGCGUACGCACCCACUCUGAAGGGAUCUUUUCAGCAUGUGCCAUGCAUUCUGAUAUUUUGGAGAGGAUGGUAACGCGGCCGGCACAGGGGGCUGUGAUUCCGAUUCUGUCUCCCUCUCUUAUGCAAUGGAGCCCCCACCUAACAGACACAGCAUGCAGUUUGCAGAGUCUAUAAAUCUGGAGUGGGCAGUGAGAGUGCAGACUGAGUAGAAAUGACUGUGGCUUUGCUGAAUGCUGCCUUCUUUGGCACAAAUGUGUUUACCCUGCACUCUGUGUAGACACGUUGCCCCUUUGGGUGGCCUGGUAACUCUAGUGUCAAACAUUACACACAGAAUACUACAACAAUUAAGAGAGGAUCCUUGAAAACCGUGUAAAUGAUUCACGAACGCAGGGAGCCAGUGUAAUAAAUCACUCAGAAACACAAUCUAAAUGCAAAUACAAAUGUUUAAAAAUUCAAAUAAAUCAGCUCAAGCAAACCUCAGCUGAACCAUUGAUAGAUGGGGAAAAUAGAGAUCAGCAGAAAGGAUUAAAAAAAACAGGCUGUUGAGCUGAAUGUGUUUCAUCGUGACACUUGUGAUUCACAGUUAUUCCGAACUGUUUCUUUCCCUUGCUGGUUCCUCAUUUCAUGUUUGUGUAAUAUGUGCAAUAGUGUGUAAUGUGUGUAAAUAUAUUGCAAUAAGGUCAUCAGCAGAGCUGCCUGAAGGUGAGAUAAUAAAAGCAAUAUUUAAAUGCACAGAA